CUAACGGAAUCUGAACGCGAGAUAUUGGAAACGAUUUCAACCGUUGGCUGUUCAAUAUCGUUGGUCGGCAUUGUACUUACAAUUCUAAUGCAUGUUUUGUUCUGGAAACACGUGAAGUCCCCUCGCGCCAAAAUUUUGGUCAAUUUGUGUGUUGCGAUUGGAUUUACCGAUAUCUUUGCCAUACUUGAGGGUGUCGCGAGAGAUAGUCCGGUAAGUUAUUUUUCCUAAAAAUGUCCGCAAAUAUUUUUCUAUGGGAUGUUACUAGCAUGGUAAUUAGUGCAUGAGCGGAUGAGCCUUUCACCUCUGUAACCGCGGGGUUCGAUUCGAGUGCAAUUUGGAUAAAACAUGCACGAGUGAGUUUUUCAAAGAGCAUCAAAAUAGCACGAGUCCGAAGGACGAGUGCUAUUUGAGGUCUUUGAAAAACUCACGAACCACUGACAAAUUUCCUUGAUUUGUUAUAUCACAAUAUAUAAUCAACGCUGACGGCUUGAAAAUUUCACUCUGACCGUUACUUGAACACUGCUUUAUCAAGCUGAUUGGUCCAUAAGCUUCCAUGGGCGUCCAGAAUUCCCACUGGCGCAGAAGCGUGCCGAUUAUUUUUUAACUAAUCAAAUGAAUUAAACAAACUAAACCACUUUUAUAUACGAAAUAGUACGUCGUUUUCGAAAAUAACAUAUAAAGUAUAGACCAGGUUGGGAGUCAAGGGUCUGUCAAGGAUAAAGGACAGCUUUUAUAUUGGCUUUUAUAAUAGUCGGAGAACUCAUUUGCAUAAGAUGCGUUGACAGCCAUUUUGUUUCUUUGUUGUUGAAACGAUCAGGUUGUAGCAAUAUUGAUGAAAACAGGAUUGAACAAUGUUGUGCGGCCCACAUUGUUCACAGUUGUCAACAAUAUUGAACAAUAUUGUUACACCCGAUUCAGGCUCAACAAUAUUGUUCAAUGUUGUUGACAAGUGUGAACAAUGUGGGCCGCACAACAUUGUUCAAUCCUGUUGAACAGCAGGCUCAUAAUUUUUAUGCGUGUAGUUGAUCUCAGCUCAAUGAUUGACCCCCACUUGAGUCGAAUGCUAAACUAUCGCGUGAUUGAAACCCAAGAAUACGUAUGAUAUUUCUAAAUUAUUUUCAACAGAAUUUAUGUAAAGCAGUUGCGGCUCUCCUGCAUUUCUUUGUGUUGUCAGCAUUCGGAUGGAUGUUAUGUGAGGGGAUAUUGCUGUACAUCUUACUGAUCAGAGUAUUUGAUGGUGUGCGUGGCAAACAUUGGAAGAUCUUUUAUUUCAUUGGCUGGG